ACUCUUUAUUUUAGUCUUGCAAACCGACAAGUCAGGGUCGUUUGACGCGAGUGCUGUGCGCUUCAUUGCUAAUAUUACAACUUGUUUUUUGCUGUUCAAAAAGAAAAAAAAAUUAACCUCUCCAAGUACAGACAAAUUGGUGUGUAUACAAAGAAUCGCAAGAAGAUGUCUCUGGUACCAAUUUUGAUGCAUUUGGCUCGUGACUUGGAUGCUGAGCAUCGUGGUUUGGACGAAUGGGAUCGAUUGCUGGAUGACGAUUUUGGAUUUGGCAUCAAUCCGGUUGAUAUCUUUCGUCCGCGCUUGGCCCAGCUACAUGGCAGACGCCCUUUUUACUCGCCUUACAUGCUAGGGGGUCGACGUCACCACCAUCGUCAACACCGUGAUAGAAACGAGUUGAGCGUCAUGCCAAUGGUGGGCAAUGAUGGCGGCUUCCAGGUGUGUAUGGAUGUGUCUCAAUUCAAGCCCAGUGAAUUGACCGUAAAGACAGUGGAUAACGUCGUCAUUGUAGAGGGCAAGCAUGAGGAGCGUGAAGACGACCAUGGUAUGAUUCAGCGCCAUUUCAUACGUAAAUAUACUCUGCCCAAAGACUAUGAUCCCAAAGACGUCCAGUCGACCAUUUCCUCGGAUGGUGUACUCACCGUCAAGGCUCCACCGCCGCCAAAUAAGGCUAUCAAAAAUGAACGUGUGGUUCCGAUUCAACAAACUGGUCCAGCACAUUUAAAUGUCAAACAGCCGGAAACUGCCCAGGCUAUUAAACAGGCCCAAAAUGGAGCUGCUGCUGGAGAGAAAUCGGGCGAAGAAAAUACUGCCAAAUAAAAUCUAUAUAUCUAUCAUUUUAUUAACAUUCCUUAAAAUUUAUUCGGUCGAAUUAAUCCAUAUAAUUUGAAAUCGAAUUGGAUUUUUUUCAUUUGUGUUUCUUUUUCAUAAUAAUACCAAUACUCCAUUUACUUAUUCUUUGAACGAGAACAAAGACUCACCUUUUGUAUUAGAUUGAAAGAAAAAAAAAAAAAAUAAAUAAAUGUGAAUUAAAACUACUA